AUGGACGUCGCUCACCACCGUUUUGAGCGUCUUCUCGUGCGGGUGAUCCAGGGUGAUAUACAGACGGCUAUCGCGCGUGGUGAGCAGCCAUUGCCGAUACCGCCGUUGUCGCCUGUCCGUGGAGAGGAUACGGAUCAGGGGGCAGGGGCCUCUGAUCCUCAUAGGGCGGGGCCCUCAGAGCACGAGGUCUAUACUUCCGACACUACCAGUACCGAUGAUGACGACUUUCAGCCAUUUGCGCUACCUGAUGUCGUAGAGCCUGCUGAUGGCCAUCCUGUCGGGGACUUACCACUCGCGGCGAUCCCUGCUCCUGUACCCCUUGCUGCAUAUCCAGUUGUUGACAUGCCACUCGAUGUUGUUUCUGACGACGACGUCGACCUAUUUGAGGAGGACCCACCUAAGGCAGACCAGGAGGGCGGGGCCCCUAUCGAUGCUGAUGUCAUCUUACCCAUUGCUGAUGCUCCUGCAGAGGAGGCUUCUGUUCAUUCACCUAUCCCAGACUCAUUUGAGUCUGUGGCGUCCGCAUCUUUGCACACUCAGGGAGAGCAGCAUCACUCUCACGACGCCGACCCUGACAUGGCAUCAUCAGUUGCACCUACUCUCGCACAUGACUUUGAGUUUGAUCACGAUGAUAUUGAGUUCAUUCACUUAGAUCAACCCCUAGAGGAGCCUGUAGCCCCCAUCGAUCCUUUGUUUGAUGAUCCAGCUGAUUUUGAUAUGGAGUUUGUUGAUCCGGAGCCUGUUGUGGCCCCAGAGCCAGUCAUUGCUCCUGACCCUGCAUUAGAGCAUGACCCUGCUCAUGACGAUGCACCCUUUGUUGCUGAUCAUCCUGUUGCUGCUCCACUGUUGGUGGAUGAUCAUGUUGCUGACGCUCCUGUUGACGCUCCACUCUUGAUGGAGGAUCCUGAAAUACCGCCGCCGCGUCCUGGAGAGGGGUCGUCUAGGCAGCCGCCUAUUCCUGUUCCACCUAUGUUGUUAUCUCCUUUUCCAUUUGCAUCACAGAUUCCUUCUGUUGCACCACCUUCAGCACCAUCAUUUGUAGGGUCGAGUAUGAUCUCACUGAGGAGUCAAUAUAAGCUAGAGUCUGCUAAAAAUGUGGCGGAAACACAUUUUAACAUGAUACGAAGAUAUACGGUACAGAAAGGAGUAGAAAACAGACAGAUAUUCACUUUAAUCACUUUACUUUCACUUGAUAACAAUUGCCAGAAGGUCAGCAGUUCAACGUACAAUCCAGGACAACGUUACAAAUGA